UGCAGCCUCUUCAGGUACUGGAAGGUCGUGAAUGUCCCCUCAGAGCCUUCGCUUCUCCAGGCCGAACGACCCCAGCUCUCUCAGCCUGUCAUCCUUGUAUGGGAGGUGCUCCAGCCCUUGGCUCAUUUUCAUAAUAAAGAAUUAAAUAAAUAUUAAAAUAAUAAUAAUAAAUAUUUUUUUUAAAAAGAGAUAAAUUAAGUCAGAGCAGCCAGACCGAAACCCUCCCGACCCUGAGUCAGAACCAAUGUUUCACAAGUAUGCAUGUUUUAUAAGAUAAUGAGCAUCGGCUGCCUUUUCCCCAGGCAAAUCUUCCUUGUCCUGCUGGUCCUGGUUCUCUCCUGCUUGUUUCCAUCUUCAGUGUUUCCCAGCCAGUCGUCCACACUUCCCUUUGCUUGAGGUUCGCUCUCCCUCCCCUCUCUUUCUGCUUCCCACAUUCUGCUCUAUCACAUCUUCCUCCUCAGCCGUGUCCCAUCUACCACCGCUGUUUCCCUCUGGGGUUUCUUUCCCAAUCCAGAGGGCAGAGUCAGGGCCCGGUGGGGUGCAGAGCCCUGAGGGAAGGCCAAGCCUCACCUUCCUCACCAGCUUUCACCAACCCCCCCUCCACGCAGCGAUCCCACGGACUCCGCAAGAAGGCAGAAAUGAACCUGGACGCUCUGUUCCAGCAAAUACAGCUCACAGAGAAGCAGGCAGGGGAGAAGAGGCGCCUCAUCCAACAAGCUAAACUUGACAUAAACAGAAAUUAUGAAAAAAUUAACGAAAUGAAGGAAGAGCUGAGCACCGCAAAAAUGAAAUUAGAAACUAGGGUUCAGUAUCUAUCUGAAAAACAGUUCUGCUUAGAAAUUCUGAAGAAACAUGAAGACAGCUUGGAAAAACAGAAAGAUGAGCUUAUUAAUCAGAAAAAGGGUCUCCUUAAAAUUUUGACAGAUGCAAAGAAAAAAGCAACUGAAGAGCAAGAUAAUUUUAUUAGAGAAGUAACAGAGUUUAACAAUGAGUAUGGGCUAACCAGUAAUAGGGAUCUUCUGAUUAAAAAAAAAGUCAAGACUGAAAUAAAUGAUUUAGAGAAUGAGGCAGCUCUGUUGGAAAAAGAAAUGGAGUCAAUGGAACAUAAAAAUGUUCAGUUAAAUGCACUCCAGCUGCAGAAGAAGGAAUUAAAGCAGUAUUUAUUUACCCUCCAAAGUGAACUCAAAGACCUUGAGAAAGUAAUCACGGAGGCUGAAAGAACAACAAAAGAUUUAGAAGCAGAAAAAGUCCAAGUCACUGAAAGACCUCAGACUGAUCCUGAAUGUUUAAGGCUUAAGAAAGAACUUGAAAAUUGCAAAGACGAAGACUGGGAAAGUAUCUGUGAGACUCUUCGAACAGAAAUAGAAAUCCUGCAAAUGAACCUAUCACAAAAAAAGUCUUCAGGCAAGUGA